AUGAAGGGACUUUUCGCCUUCGGCCUCGGCCUUCUUUCUCUAGUCAACGCCCUCCCCCAAGCACAAGGUGGAGGAGCAGCCGCCUCAGCCAAAGUCAGCGGCACCCGCUUCGUGAUCGACGGCAAAACCGGCUACUUUGCAGGAACAAACUCCUACUGGAUUGGCUUCCUGACCAACAACAGAGAUGUCGACACAACCUUGGACCACAUCGCCUCCUCGGGCCUCAAAAUCCUCCGCGUCUGGGGCUUCAACGACGUGAACAACCAACCAUCCGGUAACACCGUCUGGUUCCAACGCCUCGCCUCCUCAGGCUCCCAAAUCAACACCGGCCCCAACGGCCUCCAACGCCUCGACUACCUCGUCAGAUCAGCCGAAACCCGCGGCAUCAAGCUCAUCAUCGCGCUGGUCAACUACUGGGAUGACUUUGGCGGCAUGAAAGCCUACGUCAACGCCUUUGGAGGCACAAAAGAAUCCUGGUACACCAACGCCCGCGCUCAGGAGCAGUACAAGCGUUACAUCCAGGCUGUCGUCUCGCGAUAUGUCAACAGCCCCGCAAUCUUUGCGUGGGAACUUGCCAACGAGCCCAGGUGCAAGGGGUGCAACACGAAUGUUAUUUUCAACUGGGCGACGCAGAUUUCAGAUUAUAUCCGGAGCUUGGAUAAGGAUCAUUUGAUCACCCUUGGGGAUGAGGGGUUUGGGUUGCCGGGGCAGACGACGUAUCCGUAUCAGUAUGGGGAGGGGACCGACUUCGUCAAGAAUCUGCAGAUUAAGAAUCUGGACUUUGGGACGUUUCAUAUGUAUCCUGGUCAUUGGGGGGUGCCGACGAGUUUUGGUCCAGGGUGGAUUAAGGAUCAUGCGGCGGCUUGCAGGGCGGCGGGGAAGCCGUGUUUGUUGGAGGAGUAUGGGUAUGAGAGUGAUAGGUGUAAUGUGCAGAAGGGCUGGCAGCAGGCGUCGAGGGAGCUGAGCAGGGAUGGGAUGAGUGGUGAUUUGUUUUGGCAAUGGGGCGAUCAGUUGAGUACUGGGCAGACACAUAAUGAUGGGUUCACGAUUUAUUAUGGUUCUUCGUUGGCUACUUGCUUGGUUACUGACCAUGUGAGGGCUAUCAAUGCUCUCCCGGCGUAG